CCUUUUAUGUGGUUCUAACUCUUAUAUCUCCUUCAUGUCACUUCAUUUUCUCUACAUCUGCUUCAAAAGUUCAUUCCCAUUAUAAAACCUGAACUUUCCGCCAGUGUUAAGGAUCUUGCAAGCAAAACAAUGAAGAAGGUUUCAACACCUGCUGAAUCUACAGUCAUCUCUACAACAUCACCGACGAAAUAUACGAGCAAAUUCUGGUUCGACGAUGCAUGUAUUCUUGACAUGGAUCACUUCAUUAAAAACCUAUACGUCAUUAAAGAGAAAGGUGUAAGACCUGAUUUGAUUUCAUCUAUUAUAGCGAAUUACGCAUCGAAAUGGCUCCCUGAUCUUUCCACUGAAGAACCCAUGAAAAGUCCGGCAACUUUGACAGGUUCGCCUGUGAGUGUUACAGCUUUGUGGAUGAAGAAGAGAUUUUUUGUCGAGACUUUAGUUGGAAUACUUCCUUCUGAGAAAAACUCCGUACCUUGUGACUUCUUGCUGAGACUUCUCCGAACAGCGAAUAUGGUCGGAGUUGAGAUGAACUAUCGAGCUGAGCUUGAGAAAAGGAUUUCAUUGCAACUCGAUCAAGCGACUCUGAAAGAGUUAAUGAUACCUGCUUUUGAUCAUAAUUGUGGGACUUUGCUGGAUGUUGAACUUGUUCUUCGUUUGGUGCAUAGGUUUCUUAACCUUGAUGAAGUGUCAAAGAGCGGGACUUCUCUGGUUAAGGUUGCGAGACUGAUUGAUGCUUACCUUGCAGAAACUGCUCUUGACACAAAUUUGUCACUGUUGGAGUUCAUUUCACUUGCCGGAGCUCUUCCUAACCACGCUCGUAUAGCGGAUGAUGGGUUGUACCGAGCUAUCGACACCUACCUCAAAGUGCAUCCAAAUGUGUCGAAACAAGAGAGGAAAAUUCUGUGUAGAGUGAUUGACAGCCAGAAACUUUCGCCUGAAGCUUCAUACCAUGCUGCACAAAACGAGCGGUUACCUGUGCGUGCAGUAAUUCAAGUUCUCUACUCUGAGCAAACAAAGCUCAACCGUCAACUUGAUUGGAGUGGUUCGUUCAGUGGACUUCGAAGCCCAAACCCUCCUCCUGAGGCGCCCCCUGUACGUUGCCACUCAAAACGUGAUAUGGCAAAUCAGCAUAUAGAGAUAAAGAGGUUGCGUGAAGAUGUUCAUAGGCUUCAGAACCAGUGCAACACCAUGCAAGGUCAGAUAGAAAGACUCAUGGAGAAGAAGAAAGGGAUAUUCAGCUGGAAGAAAUUAGCAGUUCCUAUGUUUCAAUCUGUUAACGCGGUGGGAAUGAUCGAAGAUGGUGAAGCAGGAGACAAAGUAGGGCAAACACCGGUGAAUAUGAAAACAAAGCUGGUGAGAACUCCCGGGAGAUGGAGAAAGUCCAUGUCGUGAAAAAUGGUGUGAAAGAAUUGUUGAUUUUGCAGGUGUUACUCUUAUAUAUGUAAUCUUAAUUGUUCGGUGAGGCUGCUAUUUUUUUCCUUUUGAUUGUUGCAUAACAUGCUGUGUAAGUUUAAUAAUCUUAAUAAAAACUUGGAAUAUUGGAGAAGAUA